UUUAUUACGAUCUUAUCAAAUAACUUUAUAUAUAAUGCAAAACCAUCACUUUCCUUGUUAAUAAUCCUGAAUUGGUCUAAGUUUACGCUCGAAUGAAGUGGAAAUUACAUGAAGCCCAAUUUGGUAAAAUCACUUUCCUCUUCUUUUUCUUUAUCCCUUUCACGCCAUCACCAAAACUCACCCUUCUCUUUCCACACUAAUAUCAAUAUCCAUUCCAACGUUCGAAACCUCCAAACUUGUAACGAUUUAACCCAUUCCCACGUUGUCAAAUCUGGUUUUUCGAAUGACACUUUUACCAACAACAAUCUUAUUAAAUCCUAUAUUAAAAUCGUUAAAAUCGACCAUGCACAUAAACUGUUUGACGAAAUGCCUCAACGAAAUGUUGUGUCUUGGACUUUGCUUAUGGCUGGUUAUGUUGGCCUGGGUCAACCCGAUAUGGCACUAUGUCUGUUUCAUCAAAUGAAAACAACGUUUGUUAUGCCGAAUGAAUUCACUUUUUCUACUCUCAUCAAUGCGUGUUCUAUCCUUGCAAAACUUGAGAUUGGUAGAAGAAUUCAUGCUCUUGUUGAGGUUUUUGGUUACCGUUCUGAUCUUGUUGUGUCUUCUUCACUUAUUGAUAUGUAUGGGAAAUGUAACUGUGUCGAUGAAGCCCGGUUGAUUUUUGACAUCAUGUGUGUAAGAAAUGUGGUUUCUUGGACUUCGAUGAUCACUGCGUAUUCUCAGAAUGGACAAGGUCACCUUGCGUUACAAUUGUUAAGGGAAUUCAAUCAUUUUAGGCUGGAAAAACCGAAUCAUUUCAUGUUAUGUAGUGCAGUUAGCGCUUGUGCGAGCUUGGGGAGGUUAGGUUCGGGGAAGAUCACUCAUGGGGUGGUUGUUCGUCUUGGACAUGAUGCAAAUGAUGUGAUUGCUAGUGCACUUGUUGACAUGUAUGCUAAAUGUGGUUGUGUUAGUUAUUCUGACAAAGUCUUUAGGAGAAUCUCCAAUCCUUCAGUUGUUCCCUAUACUUCAAUGAUUGUAGGUGCUGCAAAGUAUGGACUAGGGACAUUGUCUUUAAGACUAUUUCAAGAAAUGAUUGAUAGAAGUAUAAAACCAAAUGGCAUCACCUUCGUUGGGGUCUUACAUGCUUGCAGCCAUUCGGGGCUUAUAGAUAAAGGGCUUGAGCUUUUUAAUUGCAUGAAUGGAAAACAUGGGGUGAUACCAGAUGCAAGGCAUUAUACGUGCAUCGUAGAUAUGCUUGGUCGAGUUGGGCGUAUUGAUGAAGCACAUCAGUUAGCAAAAUCAGUUCAAGUUGGAAGUGAGGAUGAAGCUUUGUUGUGGGGGACACUCCUUUCAGCUAGUAGGCUUCAUGGUAGGGUAGACAUUGCCCUUGAAGCCAGCAAUCGGGUAAUAGAAUCAAACCAACAAGUAGCAGCUGCAUAUGUUAUAUUGUCGAACACAUAUGCAUCAGCAGGAGAUUGGGAGAAUGUUCACAACUUAAGAUCCGAAAUGAAGCGUACCGGAGUUUUCAAGGAACCUGGAAGUAGUUGGAUUGAGAUAAAGGAAUCAACUUAUCUGUUCCAUGCUAGAGAUACCUCUAAUUAUAGUCAAAGAAAGGAGAUACUGAGCCUGCUAAGGGAAUUGGAAGGGAGAAUGAAAGAGAGGGGGCAUGUCGGAGUGACAACCGGGUUGGUGUUUGUUGAUGUCGAAGAGGAAGCCAAAGAAGAAAUUGUAAGUUUACACAGUGAGAAACUUGCCUUGGCGUUUGGAUUAUUAAACACGUCUAAAGGAAUCACGAUCAGAAUAAUGAAGAACUUGAGAAUGUGCAUGGAUUGUCAUGAGGCCUUUAAGGUUAUUAGUGAUAUUGUAGAGAGAGAAUUUAUUGUGAGAGAUUUGAACAGGUUUCAUCAUUUCAAAAAUGGAUCAUGCACAUGCGGAGAUUUUUGGUAAUGAAUAAUGAUGUAUUUCAGAAGCAAAUUUCAUUCAAUAGUAAUUUAACCAAGAAAUCAAUCUAUUUGAUAAAGAAAUGUAUAUGAAGUUGGAGCAGUAGUUGGUGAUUAUAGAAGAAAAUCAAAAUGAAGCCUUUUUCAUAGGACUGUAAUCUAAUCAGACAAUAGAUAGAAGGAAAAGUUUGUUUAUUUUCCCUUAAACUCUUACCAACUGAUAUUUCUUUUCAUUUACCAUCUUCAUAACCUGAGUAACUUCACACUCUAAUAGUAUUUACAGUGAUCAAGUUGCCUAACUUGAGAUAUUUAUCCGACAUAAUAGAUACCCAUAAUUUGUUGCUCCCACUCUAAGGAUAUCCCAAACUAGUUUAACAACAAAAUGUGGUUGGAGUCUAGUGGUUAAUGAGUUUCAAUAAAUGUCGAAUUGAUGGGAAAAUGAAUCACUAUGAGAAUGAUUUUGAAGCCACCAUGCUCCAAGACACUUCUGCUUAUUAUGCUCAAGGCUGAGGAGUGCUUAAAACGGGAGAAAGAUAGUUGCUCGUUGCUUGCAAUCUAGUAGUGAGCCAAAGUUAUUGGAGGUUUGUUCUUGACUUUCUUAUACUAGAUUAUGAAGCACGGACACCGAAUAUGACACUGACAGUCUGACACAGAUAAUAAUUUGACAAAAUAUUAAAUGUAAUCAAAAGUGUCGGUGUCCAACACGACAUGUGUCGGGCACCGGGACAUGCCUUCAAUUAGAGAUGUUGGUGCUACAGUAGUUGGUCUUCUGCCGUGUUGACUAGAUUGCUAGGCAACUUACAGAAAAUCUGUUACAUAUUAUAAUGACUUCUUUUGUAUCAUUUAUAGUUUCUAAACUUUUUCCUUGUUUUCUUUUGUUCUCCUGGAAAAUUUGAAAUUUCUCAUUUAGAAAGUUCAACAUGAAUUGUUGGCUGUGUAUGCAAGUCAACUCCUCGAGAAAGAGCACUCUGGGUGUCAUUCUCUACUUAGAGAUGAUAAAGUAUGCAUGAAAUUCUUCUCCUUAGAGAUGAUAAGUUGUGAAUGAUGUCAUACUUGGAGCAACUUGUGUUAGCUACUGACUUUUCUAUUUUAUUAUCCUUUUAAAUGAAAAUGUCUACAGGCAGAUAAAAAGGAUGUUGUUGGUGAUUUUGCAAAUUCCAAAUUUUAUUGCUUUAACUACAACUUUUUCAUUUAUGGAAACUGAAAUUGGUCUCUUCAGGUUUUUGUUUGGAAUGUGAUUGAGCUGCAUGACAAGUACUUGGCAUAUGUGAACUCAUGCUUCCAGAAUCACACUCUUUUCCACAAGGCUCUUAAAGAGGCUUUUGAAGUCUUUUGCAGCAAAGGUGUGGUUGGAAACUCUAGUGCUCUUUUGAACAAUCUUCUAUAACUUUGGAAGGAAUUGUGCUUGCCUAUUGGAUACUUAGGACUUGGAAAGAAAAUAAAAGAAUUUGAUGAAUUAGCAUCACUAUUAGCAUAAAUCACAUUAAUAUUUCAUUGUUUAUCAUA